AUGGAGAGUGAGUACUACGCGACAAAACGCGACAUUGACAAUCAGACACGAAACAUCAACCAGACACGAAAAAAUGACGAAACUAAGACACAGGACUCUGACAUGCUCAACCAGAUUCUUAAGUUACUUGGUGACCAAAACAGAAAAUUUGACACUUUAGACAAAAGAUUUGACGCUUUAGACGAGAAAAACGAAAAUUUAAAACGUGACAUUGGGAAAUUUGACACUAAAUUCGAUGAACUGACACGGGACAUAAAACAAUCGAGACAAAUUGCCUACUUGACAGAAACCACCAAUAGUCUUGGAAGGAAAUUUACUGACUUAUCAGACAAGGUUACGAGACAAGAAAAGGAAAAGUUAGAAAAACUUGAAGACAGAGCAGAUGUAGCAUCUUUAAAGAAUGACACAACUCUAGCAGAAAAACUUGUACAUGAAUGCAAAUUAUGUGAUGAUUAUUUAGAUGAGAAGUUUGAGACAAUGACACAGAUCAUUUUAGAUAAGACAAAGGAACAACUUCUACAACAGCAGGAACAACGACAGUUUGAUUGGCAGCUAUCUGACCAACAGCAACAGCGAUUGUGGCUUCUACAACUGCAGGAACAACGACAGUUUGAUUGGCAGCUAUCUGACCAACAGCAACAGCGCUUGUGGCUUCUACAACAGCAGGAACAACGACAGUUUGAUUGGCAGCUAUCUGACCAACAGCAACAGCGCUUGUGGCUUCUACAACAGCAGGAACAACGACAGUUUGAUUGGCAGCUAUCUGACCAACAGCAACAGCGCUUGUGGCUUCUACAACAGCAGGAACAACGACAGUUGAUUGGCAGCUAUCAGACCAACAGCAACAGCGCUUGUGGCUUCUACAACAGCACGAACAACGACAGUUUGAUUGGCAGCUAUCUGACCAACAGCAACAGCGCUUGUGGCUUCUACAACAGCAGGAACAAGGACAGUUUGAUUGGCAGCUAUCUGACCAACAGCAACAGCGCUUGUGGCUUCUACAAAAGCAGGAACAACGACAGUUUGAUUGGCAGCUAUCUGACCAACAGCAACAGCGCUUGUGGCUUCUACAACAGCAGGAACAACGACAGUUUGAUUGGCAGCUAUCUGAACAACAGCAACAGCGCUUGUGGCUUCUACAACAGCAGGAACAACGACAGUUUCAUUGGCAGCUACCUGACCAACAGCAACAGCGCUUGUGGCUUCUACAACUGCAGGAACAACGACAGUUUCAUUGGCAGCUAUCCGACCAACAGCAACAGCGCUUGUGGCUUCUACAACAGCAGGAACAACGACAGUUUGAUUGGCAGCUAUCUGACCAACAGCAACAGCGCUUUUGGCUUCUACAACUGCGGGAACAACGACAGUUUGAUUGGCAGCUAUCUGACCAACAGCAACAGCGCUUGUGGCUUCUACAACAGCAGGAACAACGACAGUUUGAUUGGCAGCUAUCUGACCAACAGCAACAGCGCUUGUGGCUUCUACAACAGCAGGAACAACGACAGUUUGAUUGGCAGCUAUCCGACCAACAGCAACAGCGCUUGUGGCUUCUACAACAGCAGGAACAGUGACAGUUUGAUUGGCAGCUAUCUGACCAACAGCAACAGCGCUUGUGGCUUCUACAACAGCAGGAACAACGACAGUUUGAUUGGCAGCUAUCUGACCAACAGCAACAGCGCUUGUGGCUUCUACAACAGCAGGAACAACGACAGUUUGAUUGGCAGCUAUCUGACCAACAGCAACAGCGCUUGUGGGCAGCCAUCUGACCAACAGCAACAGGGCUUGUGGCUCCUACAACAGCAGGAACAACGACAGUUUGAUUGGCAGCUAUCUGACCAACAGCAACAGCGCUUGUGGCUUCUACAACAGGAGGAACAACGACAGUUUGAUGGGCAGCUAUCUGACCAACAGCAACAGCGCUUGUGGCUUCUACAACAGCAGGAACAACGACAGUUUGAUUGGCAGCUAUCUGACCAACAGCAACAGCGCUUGUGGCUUCUACAACAGCAGGAACAACGACAGUUUGAUUGGCAGCUAUCUGACCAACAGCAACAGCGCUUGUGGCUUCUACAACAGCAGAAACAACGACAGUUUGAUUGGCAGCUUUCUGACCAACAGCAACAGCGCUUGUGGGCAGCUAUCUGA